CGAAAUUAGAAUAAAUAUGGGAACAUUUCCAAGCGUAUUUUUUAUUCGUAUCUAUUGAAUCCAGUAAUCUCUCUAGUCGAAAAAGGAAUCUGUUCAAUUCUCUUUCUUUAUUUCCUCCCAUGUCAAGUUGAAUAUUUCUGUCCUUUGCAGUCCUCGGAAGAUGAGCUGUCAGCGAGAACUUCAGAUUCUUGAAUUUGUAUGUCGUCGAUUCCGCCAUAGCUUCAAUUGUGUUGGAGUGAAAGUGACGCUUGAGUCAAAUGUCAAACUUCGAAACGUAAAUACAGUGUUGUUUUCCCAGAAAUCAAGGUAGUCAACGCAAAGAGGGUAUCAGAAUAAGCAGAGCAGACAAGGCAGGAUGUUUAAGAACCUUGGUAUCGGCGGCCGGCCGGAGCUGACAGCAGAUAGUUGUUUCAAGAAUUUCAGUGCAGUCUUUUCCAAACUGGCGUACCUACAUGCCCUUCAAUUUGCCUUCUCUCGGUGCUCGCUUGUAACAGUCAAGGAGUUCAGGAUGACAACCCCAAAGCCGACGAAUACAAUUGCCGCAUGUUUUCAGGCUGCCAAGAGAGUACGACUGGACGCAGACUUAGAUGCAGCACACAUCAGCAACUUUGACACGACCGCCGAACCCGGUGACAAUGAAGCACCUGGUUUAGUUAGUAUUUCUAAGAAGGCGAAGACGGAAACCACAACUCAAGACUCGCCUGAUGGUAGUAAUGCAGGUGUUGAGACAGACAGGACAGAAGACGGAACUUCGAUAUCUGGAUCGAAGGGAGAGGAUGUAGUGAGUCCCGGUGAAGGGACAGAGUCUAAUCUGACCAAGGAACAGCGGAUGAGAAUGGAGUUAAACAAGGGCAUUGCAAGAGCAAAGAGAAACUUGAAAGCUUGCGAAGAUCAUGUUGAAAAGUGUCGUGGCGAAGGUAAGUCUUUCCCUGAGUUGCGAGAUCUUCUCGUCGAUCAGACUUGGCUUGACGUUCUUAAGGAGAGCUUUUCUUCCAGCAAAUUUACCUCGCUUUACACAUUCCUUCAGCAAGAGGUCAAUGGACCCAAACCCAUCUAUCCUCCUCCUGCUCUCAUAUUCAACGCCUUCAAUACCUGCCCUUUUGAGAAAGUGAAAGUCGUCAUAAUCGGUCAGGAUCCUUAUCACGGGCCUCGUCAAGCAAUGGGUUUAUGUUUUUCCAUCCCUCAUGGAGUUAAAGUUCCCUCAAGUUUAGUGAACAUUUUCAAGGAGAUUCGUGAUGACGUCGGGUGUACACUUCCCUCUCACGGGAACCUUGAGAAGUGGGCUCACCAGGGCGUUCUCUUGCUGAAUGCUGUGCUUACAGUUCGAGAACACAAUGCAAAUUCACAUGCGAAGAAAGGUUGGGAAUCCUUCACCGAUGCUGCCAUUGUAGCAAUCUCACAGAAGCGGGAAGGAGUGGUAUUCCUGUUGUGGGGAAAUUCAGCUCAGGAUAAAGAAAGGUUGAUUAACACGAAGAAGCAUCACGUGUUGAAAGCGGCACAUCCAUCAGGCCUCUCUGCACACAGAGGAUUCUUCAAAUGCAGGCACUUCUCGAAGACAAACGAAUUGUUGGAGAAGGCUGGCGAACUUCCUAUUGACUGGCAGUUGUAGUGUUUGUUUAACCUUUGCAUUGGCCUUCUUUACCUGGUACAAGGUCAUUCACAAUUAAUUCACCUUUUUGUAUUUACUUCAGCCUAACUAUCAAGCCUUCUGUAAUAUUUAUUCAGAUUGAUGACCCUUUUUAACUGGUGAGUAGCUCACACGGGUUGGAGACGUUACCCCUGAAAUAGCGGAUGUGAACUCCCAAGGAAGAGUAUCACCUAAAACCGCUUUUUAAAUCGAGAACCUUGAUCAUUGUACUUCAUUGUAGUAAAAUAUUCAAUGGGCUCAUGCGGCAAGC